AUGCUAGAGGAAGAUCUAGAGAGACUGCAACUUCCUUUGAUGGUGAAUCAAAGAGAAAAUGAAGAGAAACUCUGCACUACAUUCAGAGUUACAGUGGAUGCAAAACAUGGUACUACAACUGGUGUAUCAGCUCAUGUUAGAGCAACAACAGUGUUGGCCCUUGCUUCUGGAGAUUCCAAGCCAGAGGAUUUCAACCGCCCGGGUCACAUUUUCCCACUGAAGUACAGGGAAGGAAGGGUCCUGAAAAGGGCUUGGCAUACUGAAGCUUCUGUUGAUCUUACAGUGCUAGAUGGGCUGGACCCUGUUGCAAUUCUCUGUGAGGUUGUCGAUGAUAAUGGAUCCAUGGCUAGAUUACCAAAGCUUCAUCAAAUUGCUGAGUGGAACAACUUAAAAAUCGUAUCCAUUGCUGAUUUAAUCAGAUAUAGGAGAAAGAGGGAUAAAUUAAUUGAUCUCGCUGGUGUGGCUUGGAUACCAACUAUAUGGGGGCCAUUCACGGCCUAUUGUUACAAGUUAAUAUUGGAUGGGAUUGAGCAUAUAGCUAUGGUUAAGGGUGAGAUUGGAGAUGGACAAGAUAUUCUUGUCAGGGUUCACACGGAAUGCCUCACGGGAGACAUAUUUGGAUCCACUAGAUGCGACUGUGGGAAUCAGCUUGGCCUUGCAAUGAAACAGAUCGAGGCUGCUGGCAGGGGUGUUUUGGUAUACCUUCGUGGGCAUGAAGGCAUGGGAAUCAGUUUGGGCCACAAGCUCCGUGCAUAUAAUCUGCAGGACGCUGGUCACGAUACAGUAGAAGCAAAAGAAGAGCUUGGGUUGCCUGUUGAUUCAACAUCAUUUCGACCGCAAGGGAACUAUGUUCAACUUACUUUGUGGUGA